CCGCGAUGAAUUUUCCUGCGCUUGCUUAUGUUAUUUGCUGUAUCGUGUUUGUUGCAGUAAUUCAUAAGUCUGUGGGAGAAAUGUACACAUCGCUGCUGAAUGUAAAGCAGGCGAUCAAUGUUGAACGAAAACUUAUCGAUUACCUAAAAACUUACAUUGACCACGAGUUGGAGAGACUGGAGGACAUCAAGCGCUUUUAUGCCAAAGUGUCUGACUUGCACACAGGGCUUUACAAAGGUCCCACGACUGCAAUGUCUAACCCGCUGGUGGCCUUCACCCUCAUCAAGCGCCUGCACUCUGAAUGGCUGAACGUUGUCUACAGCAAUGAAGCCCUGGAAAAUGCACAAGCCCUCAGGUCCGGUUACGAGGAGGAAGAGGCUCAUCUGCCCAAAGUGGAGGACCUCCAGGGGGCUGCACAGGGACUGAUGAGGCUGCAGGAUGUUUAUGCCCUCCAAGUUUCGAGUCUUGUGAGGGGCCGUUUCCAAAGAUUAACUAAUGGCGAGGCGAUUGAUGUCUACAUGCCUGCGGUGUCUGUCUCUCUUACCGGUGAUGACUGCUUUCUGGUUGGGAAGGUGGCAUAUGAGCAGGAAGACUAUUAUCACUCGGUACAGUGGCUGGAGGAGUCGGUUCGUCUCUUCAGGGGAGCAGGAGGACAGUGGAGCCCUGAGAAUGAAGGAACUUUAGAAGAUGCUCUGGAUCACUUGGCCUUCUCCCACUUUAAAACAGGAAACGUCUCCCAUGCUUUGAGCGUGUCUCACGAGUUACUGCAUCACGAUCCGACAAAUGGACGAGUUCUGCAGAAUGUUGAGAAGUAUGAGAAGCUGCUGGUUGCUGCAGGUCCACCUAGGGGUGAUAGGAUGAGGAGACCCACCUCCACGUACUUAAGAACCAGGGAAACGUAUGAAAGACUCUGUCAGACCCAAGGAUCUCAGCCAAUGCAUUUUGAAAACCCCAGACUAUUCUGUGACUACUUCACCAAUGACAAUCAUGCACUGCGGCUGCAGCCUAUAAGACGGGAGGUUCUGAAUCUGCAGCCGUAUGUUGUCCUUUACCAUGACUUCAUCACGGACACAGAGGCAGAGGACAUCAAGAAUCUCGCCCAGCCUGGAUUGAGGAGAUCUGUGGUGGCAGCUGGAGAAAAACAAGCAACAGCAGACUAUCGAAUCAGCAAGAGUGCAUGGCUGAAGGGCUCAGCAUGCUGCAUUGUUGGAAGGCUGGACCAGAGGAUCUCCAUGCUAACAGGUCUAAACGUAAAGCAUCCAUAUGGUGAAUACCUCCAAGUGGUGAAUUAUGGAAUUGGUGGCCAUUACGAACCACAUUUUGACCAUGCUACAUCACCAUCCAGUCCUGUGUUCAAGCUGAAAACUGGAAAUCGUGUGGCAACCUUCAUGAUUUAUCUGAGCCCAGUGGAGGCAGGUGGUUCCACAGCCUUCAUCUACGCCAACUUCAGCGUCCCUGUCGUGGAGAAAGCAGCCAUCUUCUGGUGGAACCUGCACAGAAAUGGACAGGGAGAUGUUGACACUCUGCAUGCUGGCUGCCCAGUGCUUAUUGGGGACAAAUGGGUGGCAAACAAAUGGGUCCAUGAGUAUGGCCAAGAGUUUCAACAUCGCUGCAGCCUGAAUCCUGAUGAAUGACGGGUGAAGUUGAGCUACACAGAGUACAAGCCUUUUCAAUUGUGAGGUGCACUUGUAGGCAGAGAGGAGGUGGCAGCACUGGUGAACACACAGACAGGGGAGGUGAGACACACGAUGGGGUAGCCUGCAUCUUGGAUUGGAGCCCGGCCCCAUGGAGGCUGGACUGCAUGGUGGACACUGCUGCUGUGGAAAUGGAGGUGGAGGCAGUCAGCCUCUGGAGGCUGAAUGCUGACAGUGGAGAGUUUGUGCAGCUGCAGAGAAGCCUCUGCCUUCGCACACUGUUGGCUGUAGUAAACUGUGUGAGGUUGUUUACCUGCUGCCUUCUUAAAGCCUGACAUCUGAUCCAGGUCUUUUCCAGGACAGAGCACACUGGGGUGUGUCAUUACAAAUCAACAGCUGGGUCACAAAACUUGAUUUUAAAAUGCCAGGUUGACAAAGAUAGUUGCUAUCCUAGGAUGAAUCACAUGCCAUCUCAAUUGAAAUAUCUUUUAAAAAGAGCUGUCUUUUAAAGCGUGAUAGUGCAGCAGGGAAUUGCUGAUACAAGCUGAUACAGAACAUCUGUAUCAGGUUAGAUAACACAAUCUUGUUUGUUGAGGUUUAAAUCUGAGUCUCUUGUUUCGCCAUGCUGCUGAUUUUCUACAAACAGCGCAACAUCGUCAGAUCUCAGCUUACAGUUCAUACUGAGUCAAAGGAACCACUGACUGUGAGCUGAUUGGACAAUGUGGUCAUCUUUGUCUGUGGUAGACUUGCUUUGUUUGAUGCAGUAUAAGUGAUGGAUGGAACAAAUGGAGCAAAUGAGUCAGCCUCAGAUUAAGCUUCAGUCACUAUUCCUCAUCUGUGGUCUGUUCUUCUGUGCCCUGCAUUAUUUCCAAGCUGUUUGAACUCUCACAACCAGCUCUGUCUGCAUACUUCAACAAUGUCUCAGAUAACUGUUAGAGAAGCUCAUAAUCCAUGUUAAAACAGUGAGGUGGGUCACACAGAGUGUUAAAAUUCCCUAUAUGAGCAAGAAACAACACCAGGCCUCUCUGUACAGCACCUUUGGGGGAUAUCCUGCUGCUUGAAUGGCAGCUAUGGAUUAAUAUUAUUACCUUCACUCAUAACUCCAGGUCAGAGUGUCUCUCCAUUCACACACUGACACACUGACAAUAUAUGAAUGGUGAAUGUUCUGGAUAUCUAUUGCACAUUCCUGCAAGCAUACUUAACAGCAGGACUUUACAGUUUUCCUACAGCCAAGCAAAAGAGAAUUGUGACUUUUUUGAAGCACCUUUCUUUUUUUCUUUUUUCUUUUUUUCGCAGCUGUUAAUACAGAUAUACGAUUAGAUAUACUAUCUGUUUAUUACUAUAAUAAUUUCUCAUUACUGUAGAGGAAAAAAAUGUUUCAACACAUUUUACCACUAUUUGAUUUUAUGUGCUAUGCAAGUCAGUUUCCUAUUGGAACUGUACAGCAGAAGAUUUUUUUAUACAAUCUGAUUUGGAAGGUAAUAAAUUAAAAGGUCUAAUAAACCAGUUUUAGGUCUAUGUUUAAGCCUUAGUCUUCUUCAAAAUCUGAGUGGCAUUAUUCUUUACUCUUGCAGCACACUCUUAGCAGCUUUCAGGGUUACCACAGCAAACAUGGCUGGAACUUGUUGCUGCGCUCAAGAGUUGUUCACACUACCCAAAGCACACAUGGCCAGAUUAUAGGUCAUUCUCAGGACAAUGUCAAAGACAUGCAGUAUUUCUACACCUUGGAAAACAGUCUAUCAUGUUGCUGUAUUUCUAAGUAAUUAAUUAUUUUGAGAUCCUGUAGAUUCUUUCUACCUUUACUGUUAGUGAGUUGCUGUACUGAAAUAAAAAUACAUUUGUAUCAAUUACUGACUGAUAAACCAGCUAGUAGCACAAAGCAAAUAAACCAGAGGGG